CCCGUGCGGUACGCUGAAGUGCGCCCUCAAGCGGUUAUGAGACGCGCGUGUACUGUAACCAUGGAAGGCGCCAUGUUCGCACAUGUUUUGGCGAAAUUCCCGCAGUGAAAUGCCAAGAUUCUUGCUAAAAGUCAACUGUUAGUUUGACAUUGAUUGAAAUCCUACAGCUUGUGGCUCUCAGGUGUACCCUGAUAUUUUGGGGAUUAACAUUGAUCCGUAUUUUUGCUGCCUGGACAGUCACAGUCUGGAACUCUGCUCCACAUCUUGAGUGGAUCAAGCCGUUGGUGACUGGACUGGCCACAUGUGAGUUUACACAUGUUACAAUCUUCACAAGGACAGGAAUUACAUGUACAUGUAUGCUGUCUGCAUAAGGUGAACUACCGUGGGAGCAUCCCUCACAACAGUCUAUCUCCAAGCAGGAGGGAUCUUGUGAAGGAACCGUUUACUGUGUAGCGUAUACAGUGACGUUGAACUGUGGUUUUCGCCGGAACUCCACGAAGUGAAGAGAACUGAACUGACUAGUCAAUCAACAUUUUUGGAUUGGGACUUGAUAGCCUUAGAGUGACAUCAAGAGUCUCAAAUAUCCUUGUUAGAAUAUAUUUAGGGCCCUAAUAUUGUCUGUAUACCGGUAUUUUGUUUUUGUCAGAAAGAUAAAUGGUUGUUUAUUCAUAAAGUGUCAUUGUUGACCUAAACAUUUACAUGUAGGCCUACUUAAAGUUUUUCUUGAUUAUCAUCAUCAGCGCUGGUGUUAUAGAUUUUUGAUCUAGAGUUCCGUCCAAGUUUUCAAAUUAAAGAUUUUCUAGUUCAGUACAAUUUAUAGACUAAGUAGUGGUUUGUUCAUUUGUCUGACCCAAGGUGUGUUGACCCCAAUGUGGUCCAUGUGGCUUACAUUUCAUGGCGAUCUUGCCAGGACCUCGUAGAUAAAUAUUUAAAGGGGCUUGCUCUGUUUCUCUGUUGGAAAUAAGCAACAGGGCACACACAUUUUUAUUCUGGUGUCAGAUUGAUGGAUAGAUCACCAACACUGACCGUUGCUUUAGAAGGAUUAUUUUGAGAGCCAUAAGCUGAGAAUUGGUAUUUUUCUUGUGGUAGGUUUUUAGCAGAGUGCAUUUUUGUUUACGGUUUUUUUGUACGCGCGUUGAAAUUUUGUGCGAAACAUGGCGGACAGUAGCGAUAUCUUGCAGUUUGGGCGCGAUUGGUGCAAGAAAGACGAUGUUCGAUCGGCUUGCGCUCUUCUUCUUUGCAGUGAGAAACCGUUGUCUUUUUCGACAGAGUCAAUUACCAAAGGCCUGGCUAAGAAGGUUAACCGCCUAGUGGGUGUGUCCCGUCAGGAGUGGCGAGGAAAGACCAAUCUUCUGUGUGAGUUUGAAUGUGAGGUUGGUGAAGUGACCCUCCCUCUUUCAGGCACUUUUAAUGUCUCUGUUGACGGCGGGGAAGUGUUUCUGCGAAUAUACCGUUUGAACACCACUACAAACUUCAAGAGUCGAGUCUUGGUUAAGGAUAUUAUGGAGAAUCAGGGUACAUCCGAACCCCCGACAAGAGAGACGUCCAGGAGUUCCUUGAGCCACGCCAUGUCUUUGUGCACUGUUGGCGGACGGAAACUGCGUCCUUUCUCUGGUCUUAAGACUCCAGCCAAGGACGAGGACAGUUUCGAUACCUGGAUUGAACUUGUGCAGGGGCAACUUGAGGAGGAACCCGAAGAUUGUGAGAAGAGGCGACGCUUGAGGGAGGCUCUCCGUCCCCCUGCUGCCAGUAUCAUCACCGACCUCCGCCGAGAGUGCCCUCAGGCGACAGCUGAUGAAUACCUUGCUGCCUUGGAGCUAGCAUUCGGAAGUACAGAGUCACCUGAGGAGCUGAGCGUUCUCUUUCACUCUACACACCAACAUCGUGGUGAAUCGCCUUCAGAGUUUCUCACGCGACUACAGGGUAUACUGAGGAAAUUGGUUCGAAAAGGUGCAGCCCAAAGGGAGAAGUCAAGCUCACUUCUCAUUGAGCAGUUUGCAAAGGGGGUGCUCUUCGACGAAAUUCUUCUGGUGAAUUUGAGGUUGAAGGAUCUCAAGAAAAAUCCUCCCUCUUACCUGACGUUGCUGCAGAUGGUAAGGAGAGAGGAAGCAGAACAACAGGCUAAGAUGAGCCGAAGAGGAGAAGGAGAUGUGGGUGUGUUCCCGGCAGACCCUAAACAGGCCAAGAGUCGGACGCAAGUUGCUGAGAGACCAAUCAAGCGUAAGCAAAAUGAAGCACGCCCAAGAUUCUGCUACCGGUGUGGUGAAGAGGGCCACUACAAGACAAAAUGCGAGAAACCUGAGAACUUGCAGAAGGUAAAUAGCCAACUUAUUGCUUUCCUGCAGGGAAACGCCAAGGGGCGACUGGAGGGGGCCAGCCAGAAGCCCAAGCCCGUGAAUUAAGGCCUGGUGUUAAUUACCACACUGGA